AGUCGGCUUCAGCUGCUGCCACCUAAGUCUAUUGUUUUGCUGGGGUUCGGGUGAAAGGUUUGUUCACUGGAAUCCACGCUGAGAAUCAUGGCAGACGAACAAGAAAUUAUGUGCAAACUGGAAAACAUAAAGGAAAUAAGGAACAAGACUAUUCAGAUGGAGCGGAUCAAGAGCAGGCUGAAGACAGAGUUUGAAGCACUGGAGUCGGAGGAGAAGCAACUGAAGGAGUACAAGCAGGAGAUGGACCUGCUGCUCCAGGAGAAGAUGGCUCACGUGGAGGAGCUGCGGUUAAUUCACGCUGACAUCAACGUGAUGGAGAACACAAUCAAGCAGUCGGAGAAUGACCUGAACAAGCUGCUGGAGACCACCCGGCGCCUACACGACGAGUACAAGCCCCUGAAGGAGCACGUGGACGCGCUGCGGAUGACCCUGGGCCUGCAGCGCCUGCCGCACCUCAGCGAGGAAGAGGAGAAGCUCUCGCUCGAAUACUUUGAGAAGCAGAAGGCUGAGUGGCAGACGGAACCACAAGAACCUUUGAUCCCAGAAUCCCUUGCAGCAGCAGCCGCCGCUGCCCAACAGCUCCAAGUCUCCCGGAAACAAGAUUCACGACAGCCAACAACCUUCCGCCAGCAGCCCCCACCAAUGAAGGCCUGUCUGUCCUGUCACCAGCAAAUCCAUCGAAAUGCUCCCAUUUGUCCCCUGUGCAAAGCCAAGAGCCGUUCCCGAAAUCCCAAGAAACCAAAAAGGAAGCAAGAGGAAUGAAUCGUAUGCUUUUUAGGAAGGCUUUAUGUCUCACAUUCAUAUUUUUUCAGCUAUGUAUUUACAUGUGAUGUAAGCGCCAAUUAAAAUUUAGGGGAUAAGGCUAUUUAGCAUUUUCAAGUUGAUCUUAUCCUGUAGUCUACAUAUUUCAGUGUUUUUUUAUUGCCCUCACUACAAUUGGCAGACAAUUUUAGCGAAACAAAUGAAUAAACCUUGUAAUAACUCUUCCAUGUAAAUUACUAAGACUGACUGUAUGCCAAAAUGUUUUUUUUCUUACAUUUUUAGUGUUUCUGAUCUGUGAGUGUCUUUUAAGUGGAGGUUAUUGGUAAGUGUAAAGACCCAAAGUUCCGUAGUGAUAGGUGUUUGUAACACAGGUACUGUAAAAUGUGAAAUUCCUUCUGCUUAUGAUAAGUUACCUCCCCUUAGAGGGUAGUUCUGCUGAUAUUUGCAGUGUAAAUCCUGACUAAAGAUUUCCUGACAGCUCAGCUCGGCUGUAUCUGUGGUUGUUUUUAAAUGACUAAGUAAAGUCAGAGCAAAAUUGGUUAGCUGCCUGUUUUCUGUUUUUUUUUUUCAUGCACAUGAUUUCCACUCAACUGUUAAAAGGGUCAUUUGUAUGUGAAGUCUUAUUGUCACUGUGUCUUGUCAAAACUGGAUUCCUCAUUUUCCUUUGUCUCAUUAAGUCAUUCAGGAUACCAUUGAUUUGCCUUCAUUUUUGUGUAAAAAGCCUUGUCAGGCUUGGAUCUCAGUUAUCGUGUUGUGUAGUUGAACUAAUUCAUGCAUUACUGGAUGUCUCUCUUCAUGCCUGUAGUAACAAUACUUCUAAGGUGUAGUAAUGGAAGGCCUGAAUUGUCUACUAUAAUGGCUGUGGGAGAAUUAUUUUUGAAAAUGCAUAUUUUUAGUAUGCUUUUGGAAAGAACGAGUCAUUUCAGUAGGGUAAGGCAAAUUACAAUAAAGUUACAUAUUUGUGUUAUGCAUUUCAGAUGGUCUUGUAUUGCUUAUGGAAGUAGCUGAUGUAGUUGGUGUAUUAAUGUAUGACUUAAAUGGAAUACUUGAUAAGGAGUUUCAAUAAUUUUUUUUUUUUUUUGGUCAGUACGUGCAGUAAUCUGUUCACCAUUAAUUGUUUAACAUAAAAAGAUCAUGUUGGUAUGUUAUGAAAAAUGUUAUUUAGUAAUUAAUUUUGUCAUUAUUUUUUAUGUACUGUAUAUAAAGGGUCCAUGAUUAAAACAUUUUCUGAACCACUUAA